UGAAACGCUGAAAGUCGGCUCGAGGUUGUCAAGUAGCUCUCAAUGUCUAGAUAAAUCCUCAAACUCGAAAUUUCCAUUCAUUUCCAAACAAACCAUUGAAAGUGCCACACCAUGGACGGCCGAUUUACUCUCCAGCCAAGUGCCGGGAUAGACAACGGUGCUUUUCAGUUACACGAAAACGGGGUGAAAGAGGACACUAUCAGUGAUUUGAAACCGACACCGAGUUACCCCAUCCAAAAACGCAAAAAAUCCCUCGUGCAACUCACACGCGAAGCACUCCCGAGAUUGGAGAAUUACAGAAAUUCGCGAAGGGCAGCCAAGAGGCCGUCGUUAGGAGAAUUACACGGAGGCGAAGACGUCGUCAAGCAAGAGCCCAAUGGCACUUCCGAGGAAGAGGGCUCAGCCCCCGGCAGCCACGAUGGUAUCAAACUGGGGUGGAUUCAAGGUGUGCUUAUCCCAUGUCUCCUCAAUAUCUUCGGUGUCAUGCUAUUUUUGCGUCUUUCAUGGGUCGUUGCAGAAGCGGGAAUUGGCCAAAGUUUGGUCAUAAUCGGGAUAUCAGCCGUCGUUUGCAUCAUCACAACCCUCUCCUUGUCGGCAAUCAGCACAAACGGCGAAGUCAAAGGAGGUGGGAUUUAUUACAUCAUUUCGCGAUCAUUGGGCCCCGAAUUUGGGGCUUCCGUCGGCAUUGUCUUCGCUUUCGCUAAUGCCGUUUCAGCGUCCAUGAACACAAUCGGGUUUUGUAACUCUUUAAGCAAUCUUCUGAGCCGUUAUGGCCUAAAAAUCGUCGAUGCAGGAAUCAACGAUGCCCGAAUUAUUGGCAUUGUGGCCAUUUUGGUUAUGAUCUUGAUUUGUGCCAUCGGAAUGGAGUGGGAAUCUAAAGCCCAAAAUAUCCUAAUUGUGGCAAUUGUGGCUGCAAUUGUAGAUUUUCUCGUUGGGGCCAUAAUUGGGCCUUUAUCGGAUGAAAAACAGGCGCAGGGCUUCACCGGAUUCAAUUUUACGACUAUUUCGACGAAUUGGGGGCCGGAUUAUCGUCGCUCUGAGGGGAUGGAUUACGAUUUUUUCCAAGUUUUUGCCAUUUUUUUCCCUUCGGUGACCGGAAUUCAAGCCGGGGCUAACAUUUCCGGGGAUUUGAAGGAUCCGGCGUCAGCAAUCCCAAAAGGGACGUUUCUCGCUUUGGUCAUCUCAAUGGUGACUUAUGCGAUUUUUGUCGUUGUCGCUGGAGCUUCAGCAAUCCGGGAUGCCAGUGGUAAUGUAGGGGACUUAACCAACGGAACGCUUUCCAGCUGUUCCCCGGAUUGCCAGUACGGAAUUUUCAACAAUUAUCAGAUGAUGGAGAUUAUGUCAGCUUGGGGCCCACUUAUCUACCUUGGCUGUUGGGCGGCGACUCUAAGUACGGCCCUGACAAAUCUUCUUUCGGUCCCGAGAUUAAUCCAAGCAUUGGGAAUCGACAGGAUUUAUCCAGGAUUAAUCUACUUCUCCAAAGGAUAUGGAAAAGCAGGAGAACCGUAUCGAGGAUACAUUUUAACUUUUCUAGUGUCGGCGGCUUUUCUCCUAAUAGGGGAAUUAAAUGCAAUCGCUCCGUUGAUCUCCAAUUUUUAUCUAGCCUCCUACGCCCUUAUCAACUUUUGCACUUUUCAUGCAGCCUUAAUUAAACCCUUGGGGUGGAGACCGACAUUCAAAUAUUACAACACGUGGUUGAGUCUUGCCGGAUUUAUCAGUUGCGUUGUUAUCAUGUUCUUAAUUAACUGGCAAUCGUCUCUGAUUACUUUCGGGGUAAUUAUCGCCUUGUAUCUCUUGGUGGUCUACAGAAAGCCAGAUGUCAAUUGGGGCUCCUCCACCCAAGCCCAGACGUACAAAACAGCCCUGACCACAGCCCACCGCUUGAUCAACAUCGGCGAACACGUGAAAAACUACAAACCACAAAUUUUGGUACUUUGUGGAUCCCCAUCGUCACGGCCCGCUCUCAUCGAUUUUGGCAACUUAAUAACGAAAAAUAAUUCGUUGCUUAUCAUCGGGGACGUGACAGAGACGAAGUUGCAGCAUCGGGUCAGGUCGGCUCGCAUCCAGAACGUUUAUUCUUGGCUUCGAAUUAACAAAAUCAAGGCUUUUUAUUCGAUUUUGGAUAAUACACAGUUCGAAAAUGGGGCUAAGGCUUUAUUGCAAACGGCCGGAAUCGGCAAACUGUGCCCCAAUGUUCUGAUGAUGGGGUAUAAGAACGAUUGGAGGACUUGCCCUCGGGAGGAACUGAUGGCGUACUUCAAUGUUUUACAUGCCGCUUUUGACCACCGACUGGCUGUAACGAUUUUGCGUCUGAAAGACGGUCUGGAUUACAGUAAACUGAUGGGCGAAGAUGAAGGUUCGCCCAAUGAAGGCACUCUCUCCCAACAACCCACAAUGGAUUUAAGAGGUUUCGCUACAAGUAGUAUGAUGCAUGCUGAUUCGAAUUUAAGUUUAGCCGAUUUAGGAAAAUCAGAUACUGUUACUCCUAAAAAUACAAUAAGUAAAACAGUCACUGAUAAUAAUUCUAGUUUUAAUUGCUUGAUUCCAGAUGGGGUCAAAAACGGGCACGGGUUGUUAAACACAGUCUUUGCCAAGAAAAUGAAAGUCACUGAUUCAACCAGUGUUCAGCAUAUCCCCAAUUUCGCGAUGGAGAACAUGACGCUGUUCCGGAACAAGCAAAAUAAGGGGAACAUCGACGUUUGGUGGCUGUACGACGAUGGGGGGCUCACGAUGCUCCUCCCGUACAUUAUCUCAACCAGACAAAAUUGGGCCAAUUGCAAACUGCGAGUUUUCGCACUCAGCACAAACAAAAACGAGAUCGAAGAAGAGGAGAAAAACAUGGCGUUUUUGUUGUCGAAAUUUCGAUUAAAUUACUCCAGUUUGAAAAUCGUCUCGCUUUCGGAUAAGCCACAAGAGGCGACGAUUAAAUUUUUCAAUGAUAUGAUUAGUGACUUUAGGACAAAUGAUGAUCCUGACGAUGAAUCUAAGGUUUCCGAAGCCGAAAUAGCGUCACUCCAAGACAAAACCUACCGGCAGUUGAGACUCCGCGAAUUACUUCUGGAACAUUCGAGUGAAGCCAAUUUGAUUGUCAUGUCUUUACCGAUGCCGAGGAAGGGUAAAUUAUCAGCACCUUUGUACAUGGCAUGGUUGGAAGCACUGACUCGAGAUUUGCCCCCCUAUUUGUUAGUGAGAGGGAAUCAACAAUCUGUUCUCACUUUUUACUCGUAAGAAACGUACUCAAAGUAUUCUCUUAAACCAAAAAUAUUACCAAGUGUUAGUUUACGUGCCUAAAUAAUAUUUAUUUUAUUAACUAUUUAAUGAUAAUGUAAUCAAAUUUUAUAAAUUUGUACGACUCUAAUAAAUAUUUUUUGUA